CAGUUGCUCUAGUUUGGUAAGUAUUUGGAUUGGGUGUUCCGGGGCAAUUAAAUAAACGAGUUUUUCCUGGAUGGAGUCAACCUUUUGUUCUUGUAUGCCUCAAAUCUCAAAUCACUAGAAUGUCAUCAUUCAUCAACCUUCACAAAUUUGCUGACUUGGGUUCUGGCAACUUUCUAAAAUAAUCACUUUUAUUACUCCAAUCCCCAAAACAAAAGUUAAUAACUGCCCAUCAUCUUACAAUUUUCAAUUUCAUCUAUGAUCCCAUGUUUCUGAUUGCCUGACAUAUGUUCGAUCACAAUCAGUUAGACUUUUAUUGAUUCGAUUUUCAUUUCUAUACGGAAAAACAAAAUCAAAUUUAAAAGUAUUUUAGUUUCUUUCUAAAUAUUGGGUUUGCUUCUAGUUUCCAAAGAUUGAAUUUUGAAGUAUGUUGAUUGAAUUGGUGGAUUGGGAAUCGGGAUUUCCUUUUGAGUAGCUAGGGUUUAUCUGGUACUUUAUUAGGUUUUGAUUUUGCAAUCUAGAGAUGGGAGUGAAUGUGGUUUUUACUAUAGUUGUGAUGUUAUUGGUUUAUGCUGAUGAUUCAAAUGCUGCUUUCUUGGGGAAUUUCAGGAAAUUAGCUGCCUCUCCACCAAAGGAGCAUGAUAGCCCACCAGAUGUUUCACCUUCAAGUCCUAGUUUACCUAAGAAGAAAUCAAGUCCAAUUGGUAAAGAGAAUGAGAAUAAGCCUACACCGGCUUCCACUGGGGAGGAUGGCUCUAAGGAUAAGCAGGCGAUAAACAGUAAGAAUCUGACACCUCCCCCAGUUGAAGAACAUGAUAAUACUCAAACGGAUGAUUUGACGAAGAAAGGAAAAGAGAGUGAGGAAAAGGAGGAAGAGAAAGAGAAAAAGAAUGAGAAAACCGAAGAGAAACAAGAGCAGAAGGAGGAAGAGAACGAGAAAGCUGAAGAGAAAGAGGAACAGAAGGAGGAGCAGAAAGAGAACCAGAAAGAGAAAGACGCAAGCAAAACCAGUGACACUGUUGGAGGUGAAAGCUGUGAUAAAAUGCAGAUAAGAUGCCAAGACUUGAAGUCGAUGACUGCCUGCAUCGAGAGUUUUGGUCAAGAUUCAAAGGCAUUGGUCCUUCUUAUCCAAAACAAAGGAGAUAGUGACCUGAAAGCCGAUAUAACACUAUCGCCCUCUGCAAGUAGGCCAAAUGGGGUAAACGUUCCAAAGCGUCAGAGUACACGGGUGAAUAUGCCACUUGCUGGUGGUGGAAUCAAUGAGAUUAGUCUUAGCUCUGGUAAUGGGCAAUGUGUGCUUCAUAUAAGUGCUCCUGCAUCACAAUGGGACUUUUUUCGACAUGUACCAUCAUAUUCUAAGUUCAUGACUCCCAUUUACGGUGCAUACAUGAUUUUGGUGAUAACAUUUAUAGCCGGAGGGGUAUGGGCUUGCUGCUGGUUUAAGAAGAAGAAAGGACAACACGACAUCCCGUACCAGGAACUAGAAAUGAGUAUGCCUGAAUCAGCUGCUGCUGCAGCUGCUACUGAAUCAGCGGAAGGUUGGAACGAUGUUUGGGAUGACGACUGGGAUGAAGAGAAGGCUGUCAAAUCACCUGGAGGGCAUAGCAUUUCAGCAAAUGGUCUGACGUCACGGAACCCAAAAAAAGAUGACUGGGAAGAUUGGGAUGAUUAGAAAUUUGAUACGCUCGAGGUCGGAAACUUGGAACGUCGAAUUGGAGUAUGCAUAUUGAAAACUACAGAAAAAGAUGUGGUAGUACAAAUCCCUAUUUAUAGUACCAUGUGUUUACAUAUAGUUUGGAUUUUUAAUAGAAUUAUAGUGAAAACUGUUUAUGGUUUUUGAGAAUUUUGACCCCUUGUAUAUGCCAUUGUUGAUUAUCAAAGUUUUGACUGAUUUUUAUACCAGUUUCUUUGGCUUGAAAGAAAAUGAACAAUUUUUAUGUGGA